AUGGCGCCGUAUGAUAGCGACUCUUCGGGUGCCGAGGACGAAGAGUUCACAGAAACCAAUGUGCUACUUGGCUACGCCUCGGCCGAUGCCAAUGGGGAAGAAAUCACCCAGGACUGGUUAGACCCAAGCACUCCACCAUCGGCUGCCCUUGCCAGAUGUAAGGUCUGCAAGGACAUGAUGGUGCUGCUGCUGCAGCUCAACGCCGAGCUUCCAGAUCGCUUCCCAAGCCACGAGCGGAGGUUGUACAUUCUCACUUGCAAGAGCAAGAACUGCCGCAGGAAAGAGGGGAGCAUACGUGCCAUCCGGGGAGUACGGGUGUCAGCCGAGACUUCGACCACCACCGCGCCGAAAGACAGCCAAACCAAGGAGUCGGCUCCCCCGAAUGUCGCAUCUCAAGGCCUGGGCGAAGCUCUCUUUGGCGUCAAGCCCGCCACAGCUUCCGGAACUGCUCCUCGCGCCAACCCUUUCGCGACCUCAUCCACACCCUCCACCAACCCCUUUGCCUCAAAACCUCCCUCCCCUGCAGCGAACCCCUUCGCCCAGCAGACCAACCCAGCAAUGCCGGGCAAGACAGAGGCCCCAAAUCUCGAUCAGGCAACCAAAGACCUUCCCAAAACUUUCGCCGAAACCCUCUCCAUCAACAACCCCCAACCCCCGCACGGCCCGCCCCCGCCUCCGGAGCCCUGGCCGGCAGAAUCCGCCCAACCAACCCCCUACCCAAUCCGCUGGCUCGCCGACGCAGAGUACGAGACCCUAGACCCCAUCUCUCUGCCCCCGGUUACCCAACCCACGACAACGGCAAUGGACAUCGACUCGGGCGAAGGAUCUGGCGGCGGGAAGGAAGACAAGGAGGUGUUUGAGUCGAGCAUGGACGCGACGUUCCAAAAGUUUGCCGACCGCGUGGGCCAGAACCCGGAGCAGUGCAUCCGGUACGAAUUUGGAGGGCAGCCGCUGCUGUACUCCAGAAGUGAUGCGGUGGGGAAGAUGUUCCAUGGCGGAGAGAAGGAGAAGGUUAGUGCUGCCAAGGGGAUCCCGAGGUGUGGGAAUUGUAGCGCCGGGAGGGUGUUUGAAGUGCAGUUGACGCCGCAUGCUAUUCAGGAGUUGGAGGCGGAAGAGGAUGGGCUGGAUGGGAUGGACUGGGGGACCAUUAUUGUUGGGGUGUGCGAGAGGGACUGUCAGGAGAGGGGGGUAAAGACGGGAGAAGCGGGGUAUUUGGAGGAGUGGGUUGGGGUGCAGUGGGAGGAGUUGACCAUGAAGAGGUAG